GCUUUAAAAGGAGGCGCCGCCUUCACAUCGCUCUCUUUCAAUCGGUCUAGGGACAAGAUGUCUCACCGUAAGUUUUCGGCCCCACGCCACGGAUCUCUGGGCUUCCUGCCCCGCAAGAGGUGCCGUCGCCAUCGUGGCAAGGUGAAGAGUUUUCCCAAAGAUGACUCCAGCAAGCCUGUUCACCUGACUGCCUUCCUUGGCUACAAGGCUGGCAUGACCCACAUCGUCCGUGAGGUCGACAGACCUGGCUCAAAGGUCAACAAAAAGGAGGUGGUCGAGGCAGUCACUGUUGUGGAGACUCCUCCCAUGAUUGUUGUGGGAGUUGUUGGAUACGUCAUGACUCCUCGUGGUCUGCGCUCCUUCAAGACAGUCUUUGCAGAGCACAUGAGUGAUGAGUGCAAACGUCGCUUCUACAAGAACUGGUACAAGUCUAAAAAGAAGGCUUUUACAAAGUACUGCAAGAGGUGGCAAGAUGAAGAGGGCAAGAAGCAGCUGGAGAAAGACUUUAACUCCAUGAAGAAGUACUGCCAGAUCAUUCGCAUCAUUGCGCACACACAGAUGCGCCUGCUUCCCCACAGACAAAAGAAAUCUCAUCUGAUGGAGGUUCAGUUGAACGGAGGCUCAAUUGCUGACAAGGUUGACUGGGCAAGAGAGAAGCUUGAGCAGGCUGUUCCCAUCUCAAACGUCUUUUCUCAGGAUGAGAUGAUUGAUGUUAUCGGAGUGACCAAGGGUCACGGAUACAAGGGUGUGACAAGCCGUUGGCACACAAAGAAGCUGCCCCGCAAGACCCAUCGUGGUCUGCGUAAGGUGGCCUGUAUCGGUGCCUGGCAUCCUGCCCGUGUGGCCUUCUCCGUUGCUCGUGCUGGUCAGAAGGGUUACCAUCACCGCACUGAACUCAACAAGAAGAUCUACAAAAUUGGCGUGGGCUUCCAUACCAAGGAUGGCAAAGUGGUGAAGAACAAUGCCUCUACUGAUUACGAUCUGUCAAACAAGAGCAUCAACCCCCUGGGUGGCUUUGUGCACUAUGGUGAAGUGACCAAUGACUUCCUCAUGCUGAAAGGCUGUGUGGUUGGAACCAAGAAGAGGGUUUUGACUCUGCGCAAAUCUCUCCUGGUCCAGACCAGCCGCCGUGCCCUGGAGAAGAUCGACCUCAAAUUCAUCGACACCACCUCCAAAUUUGGUCAUGGUCGCUUCCAGACCAUCGAGGAGAAGAAAGCUUUCAUGGGACCCCUCAAGAAAGAUCGCAUCGCCAAGGAGGAAGUUGCAUAAGUGUGCUAUGCUCCUUAUGUCUGUGGUUGUUAUGCUGUACUACAGAGUUGUUUAAUAAAAAUGAUGAAAACAAA